UCAAUUUAGAAAACGGUAAGCAGACAUGAAAGUUGAUACUUCUCGUAUUAUUCAAGAGAAACUGAUUUUUAACGAACGAAAACUCGUGCCAAACGGAUUAAACCAUGGAAUAAGUUCUAAAUCAGCACUGCUCAAACGAUGCAAACAGAACUGUAAUGUUUUUAUGAUUCACAAUUCGCCAACAAUACAUACAUCAUCAUAGUUAAAUAACUGUUUUAAUUUCGACCCUAAUUUUAUUAUGAACUAUUAAUUUAUAAUUAUGAGUGCUUCUAGACCAGUUGUUGGAUGGAUAAGAGGAGAGGAUGCAUUGGAGGCACAAAAUAGAUAUCACACUGAAGAGUUGUCAAAGAAAAUUUCAAAACUGAAAUCUGCAGCAUAUGAUAUUGAAGUGGAAGCCAAGGAUAGUGUUAGAUUACUAGAUGAUGUGGACAAUGAAUUCGAUAGUGGCUCUGGAUUUCUUUCGGGAAGCUUGAAUAAAAUGAAUAAGAUGAUGUUCACUGGAAGAAGUGAUCGUAGACUUAUGUGCUAUGUUGUCUUAAUAACUGUUGGUUUGUUUAUUGUAUUUUAUUAUUUAGCCAACAAAGUCACCAGGUGAAAGUACGCAUUAUCUGAAGACAAGUCAAUCACUGAAGUGUAUAUAAUUUGUGUAGAUAUAUUGUUUAAAAUUAUGUUCUAUCGUUCUGUGUAAAUAAAAUUAUCCAUAAUAACAGUG